UCGCACUAAGGAAAACAGCUGUGUUGAAGCUAACAGCUAAAGUUAGCAUCGUGUUGUUGUUGUUGCGUGUGUGUCAGCGGAUUUGAGCUUCUUACUUUGAGCAAUAUCGUUCAACCUCGGAGUGACCGACUUGUCGUCUGUCAUCUCUUCAUUAAAGAUGAAGUUUCAGUACAAAGAAGAGCAUCCUUUUGAGAAGAGGCGGUCUGAAGGCGAGAAGAUUAGGAAGAAGUAUCCGGACAGGGUGCCUGUAAUUGUGGAGAAAGCUCCCAAAGCCAGAAUAGGAGAUCUGGACAAGAAGAAAUACCUUGUCCCCUCCGACCUGACAGUGGGCCAGUUUUACUUCCUCAUCCGGAAAAGAAUCCACUUGCGAGCUGAGGAUGCACUCUUCUUCUUUGUAAACAACGUCAUUCCACCCACCUCAGCUACCAUGGGACUGUUGUACCAGGAGCAUCACGAAGAGGACUUUUUCCUCUACAUUGCCUACAGUGAUGAGAGCGUGUACGGCAGCAGCCAAAGGGAAAUCUGAUCCCGCUACCAUCCCCCCCUUCCAACCACUACCCACCUUUCUGAGAACUCCACCAUUCAUUCAUUUAAAUAUUAAAUCCAACUCAGCAGCCUAGAGUUCCCAGAGUAAAUAUGUCAAAUGCACUUUCACCACCCAUGCAUUACCCCCUCUCCCAUCCAUUUAUGUCUUUAUUAUUCUGCAGUCUGAAUUGUAUUUGCCUCUAUUUUUCUUUUCAGUAGCGACUCGAGUUAAGUGGCCAGUUAUUUUUCUAGUGUCGUAAUUGAUCAUACUUUACUGAAAAAAAACUGAGAAAGAAUAACGAAAUAAUGUUUGAACUAGGCCGUAAAUAUAGUUACCCCAGGGUUAAGGGAAGAAAGGCAGAGUAUGUGGGUUCAAAUCAGCUCUUAUUGACAAUGAAGAUAGAUUAUUGUUUGUCCACUCUGUUGGCUUACAGGUAUAUUAAGUGUGUUUUGAGUUUAGGUGAGGGAAUUGAUAGUCGAAGGUAGGCUAUUUUGUCUCUGGCAGAGUAAAGGAUAACUGUUUUGCAGCAGUUCUUUUCCUAGUAAAAACUGCAGUGUGAAGGUGAUUUUUUUUUAUUAAAAAUUCACCAACCACUGAAGUCUGUGAAUGAGAAUUGAGUGGGCUGCCCCACAUUUGGCCUUAGCAAGGAGUCUAAUAGAAUUCAGACUAAACAAUCAUCCUCUGCUUUCAGUGGUGAGACUAUUAUGUUGACUGCUACUAUGAUUACUGUUGUUGUUAUUGUUAAUUUUAGAUGGCUUAAUUUCUAAAAGGUAUUGUAAAGCUGAGUGCAAUUUUCUCUUUUUUUUUUAAGUUUGUCUCCUUUUUUUAAAAAAGAAAAAAGAUUUGAACUCUGUAUACAGCUGCAUUACUGGCUCUUUCUCUCCACUCAUGACCAUACAUGAUAAAAUGUGAUUAAAAAGCUA